GAAACAGCUGGUGGUUUCUGUCAGCGAGCAUUUCGUCUUGAGCGGCUUUUAGCAGGAAUAAAAGUUCAAAUUCGACUCGAAACUGACUGAAUGCGCUUUGAAUUGAGUCUCUGCAGCUGCUCCACCAGACGUCGGGACAUGUCAUCCUGUGAACGCCACUUUAUCGGGCAGUUUUCAGUUACCGACAUAACAGUUUGUUAGCCGCAGACCAGCGACGCUCGACAGCCGGCUGCUAACACCAGCUAGCUAGCUAACUUUGUACUCCCAUAGCAACUGACGAUACAGGUGUUCCGCCACCGCUGACAAGCUGUCGGUUUUCUGACAGUACAAGGAGAGGUGUUUUUUGAUUUCAGCAUGACUCAUGUUCAUUAUAAAUUCUCCUCCAAACUCAGCUACGACACGGUGGUGUUUGACGGCCCGCACAUCACGCUGAGGGACCUGAAGAGGCAGAUCAUGGGCAGGGAGAAGCUCCGAGCCGGGGACUGCGACCUGCAGAUCACUAACGCACAGAGCAAAGAAGAGUACACUGACGAUGAAGGUUUGAUCUCUAAAGGCUCCUCCGUCAUCGUCAGAAGAAUCCCAGUCAUUGGAGCAAGACCCAGCUCAGGCAGCAAGAUCCGCAAAGUGGAGCGAUCAGAUGUCCAGCUUUCCCACUCCUUUGGAGCCUUCAAAGCAAUGGAUGACCAGAAUUCCUCCAAAGCCGCACCUUUGUUCUCCAAGAUGGCUAACCUGGCUGAAGCGAAUGUGUCAGAGGAGGAUAAGCUCAACGCCGUGCUCCAACAGUCCUCCUACGACUCCAUGAAUUACAGUAAGAAGUUUGCUGCUGUACUUCCUUCAAACUACACCUGUUAUCGCUGUGGAAACACUGGACACCAUAUCAGGAACUGUCCCAACAGUGGGCCGGAUAAAAACGCUGAGGCCCCUGUGAGAAUGAAGAAAAGCACAGGAAUCCCUCGUUCCUUCAUGGUGGAGGUGGACGAUCCCAACAUGAAGGGAGCCAUGCUGACAAACUGUGGACGCUACGCGAUUCCUGCCAUAGACGCUGAGGCGUACGCCAUCGGCAAGAAGGAGAGGCCUCCGUUCGCUUCACAGGAGCAGCCAAAGUCCGAAGACGAGGAGGAUCCUGUACCUGACGAACUCCUCUGUCUGAUCUGUCAUGACCUGCUGAGUGACGCUGUGGUCAUUCCCUGCUGUGGAAACAGCUACUGUGACGACUGUAUUCGCACCACCUUACUGGAUUCAGAGGAACACGUCUGCCCCACAUGUAGCCAAUCAGAUGUCUCACCUGAUACCCUGAUAGCCAAUAAAUUUCUCCGACAGGCUAUUGACAACUUCAAGAGAGAGCGAGGCCACACUAAAAGCUUAAAAAGAGGAUGUGGUUCCUCCCAGUCCCAAAAUCCAACCCCAACACCGAGCCCUGUCCCCACCCCGCCCCCUCUCACCUUGCAGAGCCAAAAUCAGAGACAUCACCUUUCAACCAGCAGCCAGCAGGACCCUCUCCUAUACCUCUCACAGGCUGCAGACACACCGCCGUUAUCUCAGGUGUGCGGAGCGCUGCUCACAGUAACCGGUCCCACUUCGACUGAAAACACGCUGAGCACGUCCCUCCAGCUGGAGAUACCUGACAAAGAGGCUGAAGAAAAGACACACGAGGACUCAGCGACUGCUACCACCCCGUCUGGACCGGUUUCACCCAAAGACCCCACUGAUGCUCCAUCACAGCUGAUACCACUGGGUACCCUUACUCCAGAGGGAGAGGAGCCUCAGACAGUCAGCGUGAAUCUACAGCAGCCUUCCUCAGAUCCAACCCAAAGACCCUCCGGGCCACCAGCGUGCUGGGAGAGCUCCUCUUCCUCCUCAGGCUGUCCCCCUGGAGGCUGGAAUGAAUCGAACACACAGCAGCAUCCUCCCUCCUCCUCCUCCUCUUCAUAUCAAGCGACUCCUCCCCCGCUUUUUCCCUCCCCACAUUUCCACGCCUUCCUCAGCACUCAGCAGCCUCUCGGCAGUUACCCCCCUGGAUACCCUCCGACCACACCCGUCUGGGCUCUUCCAAACCUCCAGGGCGCACCUAUCCCCUCCCUGUGCCCCUCUGCCUCCAUCCCCGCCCUCAUCCCCAAGGAGUGGUACAGGUAUCAGAGAAAGGCGGAAAGGUCUCCUCACAGAGGAUCUUCCCACAGACGCUCCUCCUCUCGCUCUUAUUCAAAGUCUUCUAAGUCCAAGUCUUCUCGCUCCUACUCUCGCUCUUCAAGCAGGUCCAGAUCCCGGUCCAGGUCCCAAAGCAGAUCAAGGCCCCACUCACCUUACUCCCGCCACAGACACCUCCACACCCGCUCUCAUUCCUCCCGCUCCUAUAGCUACGGUUACAGGCGCUCCCCAUCACCGUCCUCGUCAUCCUCACCUCGAGUGGGUAACCAUUCAAGGUCCAAGUCACCAUCAGAUCACCGCAAAAGCAGCCAUCACAGUCGCCACCACAGUAGGAAGUCAACCUCAAGCAGCUGCACCUCCAGGAGGCGAGGAGAACACUCUGAGAGGGAGGCGGGAGGCUCAGGGGGAAGUUUUGCUCCUUACCCGUAUGCUCAGCACCCAGAUCAGACGAGCAGCCUGGAGCCGGAUAGAGAGCGUUACCUGCAGUGGAAAAGGGAGUACAAAGAGUGGUUUGAUAAAUAUUUCAGCAGCUAUGUCGGCCACUUCCACCAGCUGCCUCUUCCUCUCCUCAGUCUUCCUCCUCCUCCUGAGUGGGGGGAAAGAGAGGGAAGCAGAAAUCACUCAGAUGCAAACUCGGACUCUCGACACCAAAGUAGACGUAGCAGUAGACGGAUGGACGGACGCUCCCCGCCAUCGCAGUCAUCCAGUGACAGCCGCUCCCCUCCAUCUCAGUCUUCACGUGAUAGCCGCUCCACGCCAUCUCAGUCCUCCAGCGACAGUCGCUCCUCUCCGUCUCAUUCGUCCAACGACAGCCGAUCUCCUCCUUCGCAGUCGUCCAGCGAUGGACGCUCCACACCAUCCGAAGAUGGAGCUCAGCGGAGGUGCAGCCGCUUGCCAGCCACACCUGCAAAGAACCGCAAGAAAGAGGACCUGAAAGAAGGAAGUAAAGAUGGCCAGCAGUUAAUCGCGAAGAAUUUGGCGAACCUCAGCGUCUUAAAACAUGAGCAAAACAGCACGAAGAAACACGAGGAAGCAAGAAGAGAGGCGUCAUCCUCCACUGAUGCUGCAGACUCAACAGAUGACUGCAGAAAGGACAAGCGGAAGAACAAAACUGAAUCAAAGGAUGGCAGCCCAGCACAGGAUAAAGCAGCUGCCAGCAAUGCCGUAGAAUCAGUCCAACCACUCGUGAAACCAGAUAAACAUUUGGAUAAAGAGCAUGAAAGAAAAAGCAGGGAGCAAAGGAAUUUGGAAGAAGAGAAAGGUUGGAGAAGAGGCAAAUAUUCAGACUCUAGGCGGGACUCGGAGAGAAAACACAGAGAAAAAUCCCGUACAGAGUCAUGCAGGGUGGAUACAGACAGAUACCUCGGAGGCAGCCGAGCUUCCGAUUCAAGAUCAGAGAGGAGCAGAAAGAGAAAAGGAGAGGACACGGAGCAAAGUUCUGUUACAGCUCAAAGCUACAAAACCAAAACUGCAGAGGACCCCGAAACCCAAAGGAGUGAAUCCCCAAACUCAUUUGACAGAAAAAAGCCAAAAAUGGAGACGAAAAAGGAGAGAAAAACAUGGCCUCUGACAGAGGAAGACAUCUGGGAGGGAGGGAUAAAAGUGAAACCACCAAAGAAGAUAAGCAUCAACAUAAACCUGGAUGGAAAAAGGAAGGAAGAGAAAACUGAAAAACAGGACUUGUCUUAUUUGGAGAGCAUCAGAGUAAAAGCAAAGGAAGGAAACAGAGAGGAUGAGAAGUUAAACAGAGGAGAGACAAAAAUUGAAGCAAAUGAAAAGGAGGACUCCAGUCGAGACAUGGAAGAUGUUUCUGAAGGAAAAAUUGAAACAGAUGAAAGAGAGGCAGGACAGAAAUGGGAGAAAGCUACAUUCAGAGAUGAUGAGGGAGAGCCGUUGGAGAAGAAACAGGAUGGAGAAAAUAUGGAGUUUGACUUCUGGCAUAGUGUCCUCACAGGAAUGGAGGAUGAGAAAAUGGAGAGUAAAACACAGUGGGAGGAAGGAGAGGGGAUAGAGGUGAUUGAUGAUGAGAAGAGGAGCAUGAGGGGAGGAAAAGAAGAACAAGUGAUGGAAGAUUUUGUCUCUCUGAAGGACGGGGCAGAGGGAGAAAACACAGAAAACUCACCAGUGAGGAGCAGAAACAAGAGCCACUGUGACGGACCAAACACCACGGUGGACGAUGGCAGCAGCCAUGAGGAUCGUGAGGAGAGGAAGAGAGUCGUGAAAACUUUGGAGGAAUACGCCCAGGACAGAGCUGCAGACAGAGAGGACGAGCUUGUACUCAUACAGGUCCCUCGCUCCAAAUGGGAGAAGGAAGAGUCUGAGGAAGAAGAACGGGAUCAAGGAGGGAUCACAGCCCAAACGGACGCUCUCGCGACGUUUCUGCAUUCACCAUCCGUGUCUGUGACAGCAGAGCCGCCAGCCAACAUGGAGACCGAGACAGAAGAAAAGAGAGAGAGGUCAGUGGAACUGCAGAGAGGAAGGGACAGGGAGGGACAGAAACACCAUAUUUUGGUCAGUUCACACAGAAAUGUGGCUCCCUCUAGUGGCAGACACAGAACUGACUUGAGUUCAGAGAGAGACGGGGGGAAAAGGAUGGAGGGGGAGAGAUGGAGAAAUAGAGAAAGGGAGAGAGGGAGGGAGAGAUCAAGGGACAGGCAGAAAGAGAGCAAAAGAUCAAAAGAUAGAAUAAGAGAGGAAGAGAAAGGGAGAGACAGGAGGAAAGAGAGGGCUUCCCCUAGAAGGAAUGCCCUGCCCUCCUCUCACUCUUACUCUUAUUCAACGUCACAUGACACAGAGAGGAGAGACAGGCAGCAAGGCGGCGACCUCGGCGGCAACAAGAGUUCCUCUUCUCCCGGCGGGAAAUUAUCCGGUGACAGCAGCAGAGCUACUGAACUGCCGAAACAAAAUACCCACAAAUCGUACAGUGCCACAGUAAUGGACUUUAAAUUGAAAGACAAAGACCGAGACUAUCACAAUCAUCAAGAUCAAUCAGGAAACUACAGAUCAACAGGGAACCACCACCCCCAGAAGAGGGACCCCCUCCCCUCCGGGUCAGAGCUCAGUAAACCCAGAAUCAGCAGCCCUGAGUGGGAAAUAAUGCAGAACACGAGUAGAAAUGAGAGCAAGGUUGAAAAAGGCGAGUGGAAGCUGCAGCAGAUAAUAAGAGAAAGCAGAGGAGAGAGAGAUAAACAAGAAAUGAAGAAAGCAAUGGUGGCUGAGGGAGAAGGUGGUUGUCGACGGGAGGAUGAAGCCGAUGAACUGGGGCGAAGGAGGGAACUGGAGGAAGUGGAGAGGCCCAGCAGCCGCAGCGACAGCGUCAGCUCAUCGGCGAGUCAGGAGAACGGCAGAGACGACGGGAGAAAAGAGAAAAAGAAGAAACACAAAAAGGAGAAAAGACAAAAUACACCAGAGCUGCUGGACGAUGAGGAGCUGAAGAAACGCAAGAAGACGUCAAAGAAAAGCAGAGAUGGAAGAGAGGAGGAGAGCAGUGGAAGAAUGGACGACAGGUGGAAAGAGGAGGACGACCACACGCAGCUCUGCUCGCUUAUGUUAUCUUGAUUCUUGUAGAAAAAGAUUUAAUUUACUUGAAUGAUGUUUUUCCUUUCUGUGUCCAAAAAGUGCCUGAUUUUAUUUUUUAUUCUUUAUUUUAUUUUACCAGGAUACUUUUUGUAUCACCUUAAGAUAUAAAAUAUGCAUCAUCUAAAAUGAAAGUGAACAAAUUGUGAAGGAAAAGCACUUUAAACUCUGUAUGAGAAAAUGAAUGUGAAUGAAAGCAAAUGUUAAACCUUGGAUAUCUUGAAUUAUUUAAAGUUCAGGGAAUUUGCUCUCAACCUGCUCAGGACUAUCCUCUAACUAUGGCUUACUUAACCUGCGAUGUUCCAGCGUGCGAGGAGGAAAUCAUUGACGAGACGUCAGUCUGUGAUUUGGUUUGCCUCACACAAGAAGCACGAGAGUGCACAUAUGAGGAUUAUUGAAAAGAGUUUGUGAUUAAUUUGAAACAUACUGUGAAUAUUUAUGAUUUGAACCUCUGUGUUGUAUUUUGUUUUUAAUUUUGUAAAUGUUUAAUUUAAAAAAAAACAGCACCUGGAUGGAUGAAGUAAUUCACCAGAGGAAAUUUUUGUUUUUCCUGUUUUGAAGGAAAUAAAAUGAAACAUCCAUAAAA